AUGCGGCCAAUUCAACUGCUCGUCUUCAUCGGCAGCGCGGCUUCGGUAGCUUACGCUCUCGCUGAUCCAAUCGGUACGCUAAAGUCCGCUGGAAGCAGACUCAACGGCACCGGGUGCCUCAAGCGCUCUUUACUGACGGCGGCAGGCCUCCAACGCAACGAGGACGCCAUCCUGCAGCUGGACCAAGUCGACGAUGUGACAACUGCCACUGUGUAUAGGACCGUGGUCGCUACUGUCACCGCGUGUGACCUUGGAAACUGUACCGCCGGUCGCUCGACGGCCACCGUAACCUCUGUUGUCGAAGCUACUAGCACCGUAUGCCCGUUGACCAGCAGUGCUAUUGGCGUUCCCAACAGCAGCAUCUCUUCCUCGUCCAACGAUUUUGCAACAUCACCGACUCAAGAUACCUCUCUGAAUCCGACACCUCCAGAGACCAGGUCCUCCAGCACACCAAUUUCGACUACCGUCCCCAGCCCAGGUACUAGUGCCCCCUCUACAUUGUCGAUGUCAAUGCCACCUGCUCCCACCUCCUCGGUUGCCGGAAUACCAUCAAACGCCACGGACAGCGUGUCCACCAUUCGAAUCACGAGUUUCAUUACUGAGUCUGUCACUUCGGUCAUCACGAUACCCGAAUUGCCAACAUCGAGUGCCAUUCUAGUCAUUCCGUCAAGCUCCCCGAGCAAUAGCAGUGUGGUAGGCCCGAGCUCCAGUCACUAUGGCGUUAUUCCUCCUGUUGGGACGGGUACAUCAGGCUUUCCGCUACCUUCUGGCAAUCUCACCUGGCCAUCCCCAACGUUGACGCCCACGCUUAUCAGUGGCGCCUCCACGAUCAGCGGCAAAGCUUCCACGGUGGCGGUAGUGGCCGCUUUCGCGGUUGCGUUCAACAGCAAAUGGCUGCCCUUCAUUCUCUGCUUGGGGAACGCUGCUGCGCAGAUCUCGCUUGAAGAAGCGCCCUCCGACAUCCGGAAGCUUAUAGCACACCCAAAGCUUAUAUCCCUCCCUAUCGUCCACGUCAUGGCCGUCUUUGCACUCUUUGUGAUCAUGCACUGGGUCCGCUUCAUGCUCACCCGCUUCGAGCCACCCCACAACGCCGAGCGCGAACAGGCUGUCGUUGAUAUCGUCAGCGGACGCGACGACUCCGAUGAAGAAGUGAGCUAUUUCACUGCCAUGCAUUAUAAGGUGGUUGAAAACCAGCUAGCGGAGGCGAGCCAAUGUCGCUAG